AUGGUUCUCAGCUUGACUUGCGCGGUGCAGAACUACGACUGGGGCAUCAAGGGCGGGUGCGAGGUGUCCUCGCUCGGCGAGCUCAACACCGGCGCGCCGUCCGAUCCCUCCAAGCCGUACGCGGAGCUGUGGAUGGGCACCCACCCCUCGGGCCCCUCCGUCGUGUCCGCCACCGGGGAAGGGCUCAAGGAGACCAUCGCGGCGGAUCCGACCGCGCACCUCGGCGCGAAGACCGUCGAGCGCUUCGGCGAUGACCUCCCCUUCCUCACCAAGGUCCUCUCCGUCGCCAAGGCGCUCUCCAUCCAGGCGCACCCCGACAAGACCUUGGCCGAGCAGCUCCACGCCGAUCGACCCAACGUGUACAAGGACGCCAACCACAAACCCGAGAUGACCCUCGCGGUGACCGAGUUCGAAGCCCUGUGCGGUUUCGUCGCCGGGGACGUCCUCGCCGCGAACCUCAUCUCCGUCCCCGAGCUGAGGGCUGUCGUCGGGCAGGCGGCGGCUGACGCGUUCGCCGCGUCGCCCGGCGGCAAGGACGAGCUCCGGGCGGUGUUCACCGCGCUGAUGACCGCCGACGGUGACGUCGUCGCCGCGCAGGUGGAUGCCCUGGCCGCUAGGCUCCACGCCAAGCCCGAUAAGACCCCGGUGGACGCGCUCGCCUGCCGUCUCAACGAGCAGUACCCCAAAGACGUCGGCGUGCUCUGCGCGUACGUGCUCAACUACCUCGCGCUCAAACCCGGGCAGUGCAUCUACCUCGCCGCGAACGAGCCCCACGCGUACCUCGCGGGCGAAUGCAUCGAGUGCAUGGCCACGAGCGACAACGUCGUGCGCGCGGGCCUCACGCCAAAGCUGAGGGACACCGCCAUCCUGUGCGACAUGCUGACGUACCGAGCGGGUGCGCCCGUCGUGUUGGACGGCGAGCGGGUGGACGAGUCAACGACGCGGUACGUUCCCCCGUUCGACGAGUUCAUGCUCGAGACGGUGACCGUCGCCCCUGGUGCCACGUACGAGUUGACCAAAAGCCAAGGGCCGUGCGUGUACCUCGUGCACCGCGGGUCUUGCGUCGUGGGGGGCGAAAACGCGCGACGGGGAUCGGUGCUCUUCGCGGCGGCGGGGGAUGAGACCGUCGUCGCCGCGGGCGAGGAGGGCGCGACGCUGUACCGCGCGAUGAUCAACUCCAGGGUGUACGCGUGA